AUGGAGAAACAACGAAAUAUAUUUCAAUUUUAUGAUAGUCCUCCUUUACAUUUACAUUCUUCCCAAACAUCUCAACAACAUAAUAUUCCUACCCCAAAUUUAUCACCUAGAGUUCAUUCUACUGAUCAAAUUCAUGUUUCUCGACCAGAAAUACAACCAAUUUCAUUCUUUCCCUCACAAAAUUUAUCUUUACCAACAACUUCCGAAAAUCAAUUACAUUUACACCAACAAUAUGAUCAUAAUAACGUAAAGGCCAAUGUAACAGUCAACAAUACACAUCGUAAUCAAAAUUUUCAACUAAUUCAAUCUAUUGUUAAUCAACCACCUCCUUCUUUUAAUCCUAUUAAUCCUAUUAAUCCUAUUAAUCAACCCACCAAUACAAUUAAUACAAUUCGACAUUUGUCACUUUCAGCAAAUUCUAAUAUUAAUUACAAUCAAAAUAAUCCAUCCGUAAAUACUACUACGCAAGCAGUGACCGAAGAAGAGCGUCAUAGGCGACGUCUUGAUCGUAAUAGAAUUGCUGCUAGGCAAUGUCGUGAACGUAAGAAAGCAUAUGUCACUAAUCUGGAAUCACGUGUCACUAGUCUUGAAGCAGAAAAUACUAAAUUACGUCAAGAGCUAACAACUUUACAUUCAAGACUACAAUAUUGUCCUGUGGAUGUACAGGAAAGUAUGAGAUUAUAUAUGUUGGUGGAAGAUUUGAAAGAAAAAGAACAAAAAUAUACUCGUCCAAUAUCACUCGUGGAGUUUCAAAAUCAACUUGGAGAAAAUUAUUGUACUUUACAGGAACUCGUUACCGAAGAAGUAAUAAUUGAAAGAAAGUUUGAUCUUUGUGAUUCAGUAUCAGAUACUGUGACUUUAUAUUUAUUCAAAGCUUUGAAGCGAAAAUCGUCACAAGAUGUAAAUCCACGAAAUGAACCCAAAAUAGAUUCACAAAAAGUUGGAAAUCUGAUUCAAUCGCUUCAGAAUCAGUUACGUUUAUUGAAUGAGGAAGAAACAGCUUUAAAAAAUCAAUUGAAAGAAAAUAUUGAAAUUCAUAAUGCUUUGGAUGAACAUUAUCGUCGUUUACACGAGUAUAACGGAAUCAAAGACGUUGGUCAAAUGUUAUUUGGGAAGUGUGCUGAAAUUGAAGGCACAACAAUAAAAGAAAUGUAUGAACGAUUUGGAGUGGGACUCAAAGAUUGA